AUGAGCGUCGCGUGCGAGCGGGGCUUCGGGUCGCAGUGGGUCCUCCAAGAGCUCGUCCCGGGGCGCGUCGAGCACUCCGUGUCGCUGCUGGUGCUUGCUGGCCGCAUCCUGGACAGCGUCGGCACCGCCUACGAGUGCGACCGUGACGUGUACAUCUGGCCGCACGUGCGCGGGGCCCGCGUCUCCGCCCGGGUCGUGCCGCCAGAGGAACUGGCCGUGAUGGAGCAGUUUCUCGUUGACUACAGCGGCGUCUGCAACUUUAACUACAAGCUCCCAGAGGGCGGCGGCAUGCGCAUCUUCGAGAUCAACACCCGUGUAGGCGGCGACCUCGCCUGCGACGCGCCCCGCUCCCAGGCGGCGCGGCUGCUGGAGGCGCUGUGGCAGCUGCCCGCGGGCGCUUCCGGAACCCCCGCCGCGGGGCCCAGCGCCGCUGCGGACCAGCCGAGGGUCGCCGGCAGCUGGGGCGAGCCGCUGGUGAUCGAGCCCAAGGGCGGGGGGCACCGGGUCACACUGGUGUACCUGCACCCCUUCAGGGUGGGACUCCGCGACUAUGUGCGGAAGAUGGGACUCUUCGCGGCAGAGGGGCUCCGGGUCGUCAUGCCGGACGCCCCGAAGAUCGCCAUGAGCUGCUACGAGGGGCGCCCCCACAAGGCUUGGUACGACUACCUUACCGACCGGCGCGGGGAGGCGGAAGACGACGCCGAUGAGGUCACGCUGGCCGACACGCGCAGGCACUUGUUCGACAUCCUCGACGCCGAGCUUGAGUUCCUGCUCACCGCCGGCGGCGGCGGCGCCGUUGGCGAGGCGUUUGUGUGCAAGGAACGCCUGCUCGUCGGCGGCUGCUCCCAGGGGUGCGCGGCCGCUUUCGACGCCGCGCUGAGGUACCGCCACCGGCUGUGCGCGUUUGUGGGCGUGGUGGGGCACCCCCUCUCCACGACUCCGUUGGAGAAGCACAGGGGCAUGCCGCUGCACUUCUUCAACGGCCUCGGCGACAAGGUCAUGCGGUGGCACUGGGUCGGGCCGUCCCUGGACAGGCUCAGAAUCUCGGGCCACCACGUCGUGGCCCACGGCCCUUUUCCUGAAGUGCACCACGGGGUGGGCCGCGACUUCGAAGCGAGGGCGUCGCGGCGCACGGUCGCCGCCGUCGCGAGGCGCUCCCUGCUGCCGGCGCAGCGGCUGCCGGCGCUUGAGCGGGCCGCGGGGCUCGGCCUCUUUUUUUGCCUCGGAGAGCUGCUGCUGCUGCUGCUGCUCCUUCAUCUCGCGGUGCUGGCGGCGCUCCCCGUGUACUUCCCUUCAUGGUCGGGGGGCCCAGGGCUGAUCAGGCGAACGGAGCUGACGGACGUCAAGUGGCGGAGUUUGGGCUGUGGCCUCGGGCUUCGGCAGGACGACCUCGAUGUCGCCCUUUCAUUCUGCCACACGUACUGCACGUGA